GCCCGAUGCAUUAAAAUAGGCAUCUAGCAUCUGCUGUCAUAAAUUGUUCUGAGUUUUUUUAUAUAUAUACUUACCUAGAAUGAGUUUUCUGAAGGUAGGGACUGUGUCUUAGCUCAACAUGUGGUCUCCUAGUGCAAUACGUAGAGUGGGUUUAUAGUAUGACCUAGAGGUAAAAAGCCAAGGAUACAGGUAAAAGUGUGAGAGCUUUCUUAGCACCAAACUGACAGCACCUGGAGAACACCUGCCGUGUAACCACCUUUUCCCUCACAAUGGCAGCAGCAGCUCAGGCCAAGCAGGAAGGGUAGUGGGUGUGGAUGGGGACUAGACAGAGCUGUUUUUCUCCCCGUAUCUCCAGCAUUCACGUGUACAUCGGCUCCCUUUUUUGGCAGCAAGGGGGCCAGGCCAACCAUCCCACAGCCGCCGUGGUGACGGAGAAGCAGCAAAUGCUGGAGCAACACCUACAGGAUGUCCGGAAGCGUGUCCAGGAUCUAGAACAGAAAAUGAAAGUGGUAGAGAAUCUCCAGGAUGACUUUGAUUUCAACUACAAAACCCUCAAGAGUCAAGGAGGCAAGUGA